UGGUGCCACUGAGCAGAGACGCUAAUCUCCAUUCCACGCCGCCUCACGUCACGCAUAUCAGUCUCCACUGAGUAGAGACGCUAAUCGGCGUCGGUCGUCGCUCUCCACGCAAUCGUCGGUCGUCGCUCUCCAGUCCAUCGGCUCUCCGCGCCGUCAGCAACUUGGUUGUCCUCAAUCCUCUGUCUUCCUCAGCCCUCAGUCUUCCUCAGUUCUCAGUCCUCAGUCCUCAUCAACAACUGUAAAAGUGGAGACUAAUAUGCAAGCUGGAGCAAACCAUGGUUAUGAGGUAAAACAAACAAACACACAUACAUAUGUAUGUAUGUAUGUAUGUAUGUAUUAUCCUCUUUGAUUUGAGCGAUUAUCCGGGCAGUUUUGUCCUCAAUUUGAGAAACUGAUCUCAUGUAAGAAGUCAUACAUACAUACAUGAUACGAACAUACAUACAUCGCUCUUAUUAAGAUGGGAUUGAUAUCAGAAAAACAUCUGGCUGAGUUGUGCAAGGUGGAGUACCCAAAAUAUGUGAAGCUUUGUUUAUGGUUACUGGCUGAGGUUGCUGUCAUAGCUGCAGAUAUACCAGAAGUAAUUGGAACAGCUUUCGCACUAAAUAUACUGUUUCAUAUCUCACUAUGGAUUGGAGUUCUAUUGACUGGUUUUAGCACUCUCCUGCUAAUUGGCCUGCAGAAAUAUGGGGUGCUUGUUGUCCAGGAAAAGAGUGGCAGAUUUCGAGGAACAGGGGUGUGGAAAAUUCCCACUGGAGUUGUUGAUGAGGGUGAGGAUAUCUUCAAGGCAGCUAUGAGAGAAGUAAAAGAAGAGACAGGAGAUAUGGGGCAUCUUCUGGCAAGUAGGAGGAUGGCAAGGAAGUCGAGUUUAUGGUUUAGGUAGUGCUGCCUCUUCUGCCUUCUCUCAAACAGGAACUGGGGGAACAUCAACAAAUGUUCCAUCAUCCCAAUCACCAGAAUGGAAGAAAGCAAUUGAAGCAAAGUUUGAAGAGAAGUAUAAUAGUUUGCAGAAACUUGUAGAAGACCAAAAUCAGCUGAUAGCUAAAAUGCGUGAUGAACUACAGACAGCGAAGAUGGGACAUCAGUCUUCCUCAUUGAUGCCAUCAUCGUCUGAUAUUCCUCCAGCUCAUAGAUCCCUUGGUGAUUCACAUAUGGAUUAGCAUAAUGUCAUUUCUCACGUACUUAAAUAAUAUAUUUUAUGAUAUGAAUUUGAUACUAUUUGGAUCCAUUAUAUAUUUUGAGAUAUUUUAAGUUUCUUAGUGUUGAACUAUAGUAAUGUUUUGAACUUUUAGAUUGCAGAAUUAUGAAAUGAAGUUUAUGCGUA